ACAACACAAUAUAGAAAUACUUUUAUUUGGACCUCUCCGAUUGUUCUGUACUUAAAGCUGAUUGGUCAGGAAGCAAAACGUCACUGGCCGUUUAAAAAUUCAAAACAACUGCUCUUUGUCGUGGACGUGUGAUCUCGGAGACUUCUACAUUAUUAGAGGGGAAAAUGGAGGCUAUCAACAAUCGACUUAAGGUGAUGGUUAAAGUGUUUAGGAGAGAGUGCCACAGGGUUUUACAGUCUGAGAGGACCACCAUUCAUGGCGCUGAUGGCAUGCUGAUGUUGCUGCAGCUUGCUAUUGCUGAGGUUAAUAAGCAGCACGGCGGAGAGUUCAAAGUGGCUCUGAGUGAUGUCCUGAUGGCCUGGAAACACUUACUGUUAGACAAACUUCACCUGCCACCCCCCAACUUUGCACGCUUGGAGAACUAUGAUCUCAUCCUGGAGGCAUACGAAUCCUUCCUGAAACGCUCCAACACUGUGGACCUGGUUGAUAUCCUCUCCAUGUACAAACAGCUGAGACUGGACUCGGACCUGGAGGAGCCUGUGAGCCCGAUCCAGCUGUUUGAGUUCUUAUCAGGGAACACGGACGUCUCGGAGUUACCGGACUCCUCAGUCCCGUCAACACCAUCCAGUAAAAGCAGGCCCUGCAGCUCACAGGUGAAACUGUCAGUGAGAAGGGUUUUCUGCUCCUAUCUGAAUCUGCUCCUGAACCUGAAGAACGACAUGGCCUUGGCGCUGACCAUUGAUGUGCCCAGUCGCGCUCUUGGACGUCAGGCGUUUACCGAUAUAAAGCACGCUGCACAGAACAACAACACUUCUCUCUUCUUGACUGUGACAUCUUUCGUGAGGGCCAUCCAGCUCGGAGGGAAGGGCUACGCUCCAGCUGAGUCUGACCCACUGAGGAAACAUGUCAAAGGCCUGUCGGACUUUGUCCAGUUUCUCGACAACCUGGAAGAAAUACUGGGGGAGAUUCCUGACCCAAGUGUGUGUGGAGCCAGGCUGGUGACGGCCAUCAGGGCAGCGCUGGUGAAGGGACGCAGCAGCGGGGACGCGGUGCACGCUGCAGCUGAGGAGACGACGGAGGAGCUGAAGGCGAGGAUCUGCCAGCUACACCAGAUCCAGAAACAGAUUGCUAAUGGAAGUGGGACGGGGAUAAGCCCUGCAAGGCCAAAGGCUUACAAAGUCAACCACUGCACUGCAUACGGAGGUCGGGACACUGUGAAGGUGCUGAUGGCUCUGCUGGACGAGGAAGCACUGAUUCCUCCGUGUGGGAACAAAGCAGACCUGCUGUCUGAGGACCAGCCUGUCCUCAGUGGAGCAGAGGGGAUCUGCGUCCUCAACUUGUUCAGAUCCCCUGAAGUGUCUACUGGAUGUUCUCCAGAACCUCUAAAGAACCGAGUCCAGAGCCGGCUAGACCUGCUCAAACCCAAGCCCAAAGACAAAGGCAUUCGAUCCCAGUUUGCAUGCACAUACAAUGAUGAAGAACUGCCACUCAACCGUGUGCUGGAGUUCCCCAGCACCAGCCAGAUCCCUACCUGUGUGCACCCAGCACCUAAAGCCCAAACUCUGCCUGCUGUAGAUGAGGAGUGCAGCUCUAAUGUUGAGGAGGAAACCAAAGCCAAGUCUACAUCUGAAUGCCCGAAUAAGGAGCAGAGCGGCUUUCAGCAGGGGGCUGCUCUCAAGCCAAGAAGUGGAAAUGCCCAAAACAGAGGUGCAGGCCCUGGCAAUAGAAAGAAAACUGGCACUCAGGCGCAGGGAAAGGGCAACAAGAGGAAGCAGGUGGAUUCCGACCAGCAGGGAGGAUCAGAGAACGAGCCUCCAGAGAAGAAACAGCUCACCAGUGUCUCGGUCAAAAUGCCUGGCAAGACUGUCGGCAAGGUCUCAAGUAAGAAGAAGCUGAUAGCUGGACAGGGAAAACUAACCAGCUUCUUCAGAGUCUAAUAAUAAUUUGAACUGGCUUCCUAAUGAUGCAGUGUAUGGACUUCCCUUCAAAUGGCAUUCAUACAAAGCAGCUGUUGUUUAUUUUCUUACUGACAAAUGUUGUGAAGUGUUUGAAAGAUCCAAUUAAUGCCUAAAUAAUGAUUUUCAGUCUCCAUUAAUCUGUUGACUGUUGUUUUAAUGAAUACCUUUUGGUGAAUACGCUAAUUUGUUAUUAGCUGAGAGCUAGAUUACUGUGCGCUAAAUAUAAGGCUGGAGUUAGCAGGCAAUUAGCUUAUUUUAGCAUAAAACUAGUUAGUUAGUAAAAUAGAGGUGCUAGUUAUGUUAAUUUUUAAAUCUUUGGGCAGUCAGUCAAACCCCCAAUUACAAUCUCUAUGCUAAAAAAUUAAGCUAACUGACUAGUAGUAGCAUGUCUUACUUGCUAACAGUUAGUCAACUCGCUGUUAAAUAUGAAGCUAGCAGGUUAUUAGCUUAUUUUUGAUUAGCUCAUUUGCGCAUAAAACGGGGCUUAGCAAGCCUAAACAUGGAUAUAUGUAACAAGAUAAUUAGCGAAAUUUAGAGUGAGAUUUUUAAAGGUUUGGACAAAGCCAGGCAAACUUUUUCCCCCAGUUCCAGUUUAUAUGAUAAACUAAGCUAACUGGCUAGCAGUAGCAUUUAGCAUCAGUUUUGUAUGGAUUAAACAAGAUAUGGUGCCUUAGAUAGCUUUAGAGAUUCUCAUUUUAAACACAGCAAGAAUAACAGUUUCCCCAAUUUCCGGUCUUUCUACUAAGGUGAGCUAAUUGCCUGUAGUUGUAGAUUCACAUGUCGCAAACAAAAGGACAUCAAUCUUCUCAUUUAAUUCUCGGCGAGGUGAAGAAGUUUAUGCAAUAUCCCAAAAUGUCUAACUGCCCACCUAAUUACCUACUCUGUAAAAUGUCAGGAUGUGGAUGAAAUGAACAAAAGCUCUACGUUUAAGAAGUGGAAACCAGCAAAGGGGAAAAAUGAUGUAAUCUGUACCUCUUAUCAACAUGAUAGCAGACCUAAGUGAAUAAUUUAAGCAUCAGUUUAAUAGCAGAUCAUUAGGAGAUUAGGUAUGUAUACUUUCCUUUCAUCAAGACAAUUUGACUUGAAAUGUAUUUAAUCACUAUUUGUACAGUUAAUUUAUCUUGUAAAAUUCCACAGCGAAAUGUGUGUAAAUAUGAUGCAGAUUUUUCACUUUUAAUAAACUUUUAUUUG